AUGCAACGGCUGACCACACGUUCCAGCUUCAUCGCCAAAGUCUCCAUCUGCGCGCUCUACGCCCGGGUCUUUGUUGACCCCAAGUUCCGCCGGAAAGUUCGAUUCGUCCUUUACUUCUUCACGGGUCACUUUGUUCUGUACUUGUUCCUGGCCGCUCUGCAGUGUGUGCCAGUCCAGUCGGUGUGGGACCGAACCAUCGAGGGCCGUUGCCUCAACUUGUUCGCCAUCAGCUACACAGGCGCGGCGGGUAGCAUUCUCGAAGACAUUCUGCUCAUCAUCAUGCCGAUCCCGGAGCUCAUGAAAUUGCAGCUGGGGCGGCAAAAGAAGUUGGCCCUGGGCUUCAUGUUCGCGGUGGGAUCUUUCGCAACCAUUGCUAGCAUGAUACGACUCAAAUACCUGGUUGCGUUCAAAAAUUCCACUGACCCUACUUGGGACAAUUUUGACACCAGCUUUUGGACUGGCAUCGAACUGUGUACGACCAUAUCGUGCGGCAGUCUCCCUGCCUUGCCACCUUUGCUCAAGAGGCUGAAGGGACCUGUUGAAUGCAUUCGAACCGGGUUCGGGCGCGUUUGGCACAGCGUCACGCGCAAGGCGGGGUUGCCAACUGGUACUGAGAAUCCUCACACUCCUGCUGCUGUUGAAGUCGGUUUGAGACACUGGAAUCGCCACCCGACAGUAACAACCAACUCCGUCGAGACUCAGACCACGGUCAGCUUGGCAAAAGAUGAGUCUGUGGACUAUGUAUCAACCAAAGUCGCAGAGCCCAUACAUGUAUGA